CUACACCGACCCAAUUCGUCUAUCCCACGCAAGACCUGGCGCCUUUGUUCCGCUCCCGGAGCCCCCGAAAUCCCCCGGAGCUCCACUCCUAAAUCUCCCUUUCGAUUUCGAUUCCCGAUGGCGCCCAAGGCCGAGAAGAAGCCCGCGGAGAAGAAGCCGGCCUCUGAUAAGCCGGCAGAGGAGAAGGAGAAGAAGGCGGUGGCGGAGAAAGCCCUGGCCGAGAAGAAGCCCAAGGCGGAGAAGCGGCUCCCCACCAAGGAGGGCGGCGCCGGCGACAAGAAGAAGAGGAAGAAGGCGAAGAAGGGGAGCGAGACCUACAAGAUCUACAUCUUUAAGGUCUUGAAGCAGGUCCACCCGGAUAUCGGCAUCUCGAGCAAGGCCAUGGGCAUCAUGAACUCCUUCAUCAACGACAUCUUCGAGAAGCUCGCCCAGGAGGCUUCCCGUCUCGCUCGCUACAACAAGAAGCCGACUAUCACCUCUCGGGAGAUCCAGACGUCCGUCCGCCUGGUCCUCCCUGGCGAACUCGCCAAGCACGCCGUGUCCGAGGGCACUAAGGCUGUUACCAAGUUCACAAGUUCUUGAUCCGUCCUAGGGUUUCGUGGCCUCCUCGUGCUCGGAUCUAGAAGUCUUCGAGUUGUAAUUUUGUAUCUUUCUUGCUGUUAUUCUCACAUCUUUACUCUCUGCCGUAUUCUCUUCCUUUCAUAAUGUAAUAUGCUGUCCUUUUGAUUUAGCGAUGAAGAAGCGACUUUCGUUUAUA